AUGAACACAUGGAAUGGUCUCAUGAACUCAUGGAACAGUCCAAUAAACCCAUGGAACGGUCCCAAUAACCCAAAGAGUGGUCCCAAUAUACCGUGGAACAGUGAAGAGGCUUUGCUGGCAUCGAGAAAUCCCACGAACAAGAGUGCUCACGACAUGGAGACACACGUGUUCAACAAAGCUCAGACCAAGGGCAAUCAGCAGGGCAUCACUGCCAGCGGUCCACCCCAGCCAGUCCAGAUAAGGCUGCAGCAUCAGCAGCAGCAGCAACAGCAGCAUCAACAGCAACUGCAGCAGAUGCAGCAACAGCAGCAGUUACAGCAGCAGCAGCAGCAGCAGCAGCAGCAGCAGCAAGCACCACAGCAACAACAACAACAGCAGCAGCAACAACAACAGCAGCAGCAGCAACAACAACAACCGCCACAACAGCAAAUUGCAACAGCACAGCAAAUUCAUCCAUUGUUGAACAGCAUGACUCCGCACCAGCGCAGUCAGCUACAGGCGAUGACCAGCGUGCAGCAGCGGCAGCAGUUCUUGCAGCGCCACCUGGACCAGCAGCGGGCACGGGCCGCGGCGGCGAGCGCAGCGGCUGCGGCUGCGGCCGCGGCCAGGACGGCGGCCCAGCCCCCGAUGCAGGGUCAGCCCGGUCUACCGCCCAACCUGCAGAGGCCGGGACAGCUUCCGUCGGCUACUAUGGUCGAACAGUUUCAGCAGCAGCAACAGCAACAACAGCAGCAACAACAGCAGCAACAGUUGUCACAGCAAGGACCAAGCUCUGUUCCCACUGCUGGCCAGCAGGGCGGCGUCUACAGUGGCGGAAACAUGGUGUCCCCUAAGAGCGCUCCCGCGUACAGUGUGCCGUCUCCCGUGCUACCCCAGCAGACGUUCCAGGCUCCUUCGUCCGUCGGAUCACAGAUGGUUCCGUCGCCAUCUAUGGCAAUGCCGUCGCCAUCGCCGGGCAUGCUGGGAAUGGUGCCGUCGCCGGGGAUGCUGCGACCAGCGCCCUCUCCUGGCAGCGUCAACCUCAACACGCCGAUGACAAUGGGACAGAGCGCUAGUCCGGCGCCGAGUCAGCCAACGCAGGAGGAGCAGGCCUACUUGGACAAGCUGCGGCAGCUGUCUAAGUGGAUCGAGCCGCUGCGCAAGUGGAUCAGCCAGUACGAGAAGGACGACGAUCCGCGGCAUGAGCUGAGCAAGAUGAAGAUGCUGCUGAACAACUUGUCCGACCCGAACCGGCGCAUGCCGAUGGAGGUGCUCAUGCGAUGUGAGCAGGUGCUCGAGAAACUCGACCUGCACUCCCGCCACCAGCAGCAUCAGCAGCAGCAACACCAGCAGCAGCAGCAGCAACAUCAACAGCUGCAGCAGCAGCAUCAGCAUCAGCAGCAGCAGCUGGCGAUGGGCAUGGCCCAGGUUAAGCAGGAGCAGCAGCAGCAGCAGCAGCUGCAGCAGCAGCGGAUGCCUCAGGACCAGCACAUGUUCCAGCCUCUACUCGAUGCGCUCACACAGAACAUCAAGCGACCAAUGCUGAACCACACGCUGCAGCGAACAUUCGGUCCCACCGUCGCCGCCCUCUACGGUUCGCCCAUCAGGGCGCCGUCGCCGCCGGCUAAGCGGCGCUGCACUGAGACUCUCGACUCGUCGGACGAGGACGUGCCGGACCUGCUUCAGGGUGAGAUCGCGCGGCUGGACCGUCGCUUCCGCGUGCGUCUGGACGCGGCGCGGCACGCGGGCUCGCGCACCGUGCACCUGCUGUGUCGCCUCGACGACCGCAGCCUGCCCGCCGUGCCACCCAUCUCCGUCGUCGUGCCCGGCGGCUACCCGCACAUGAGCCCGCAGUGCGACACCGUCUCGCAGGACUACGAUUCCUCACCUUUCCUGAAGAGCGUCAGUCAGGCGCUAGAGAAACAGCUGAGCAAGAUGCCUUAUCGCUUCUCCGUCACGGCUCUACUCAACACGUGGGAAAUGAGUGUCAGACAAGCGUGCAACCCUUCCAAGACUUCAGCUUCUUCUGCGCAGUUGUCAAUCGCCUGAGCACACGAGUGCUUUUCUCUGUCAUGCAGCUACACAUUGCGUGUCCCCCAGCUUAAAUCGAGCAAGGGAGCACCACCAGGGUGGACACCAGCGCCCUCUAUACGCUUCAGGCAUGUAAGGCAGUGCCACCUACACAGCGCAUAGCCUCGUGGUCGAGAGCAACGCCCUCUAGGAGAUCUAUGAAUUAAGCGCCAGCCAUCUUCACUUGGUCUAGCAUUGACAGCAGUGUAAAAUAGCAGAACUACAACGUGGGGAAUGCUGUGCCUAUCGUCGUGCUUUUGUGGCGUCGUGCGCGUGACAGCAGAACUGCCGCUCGUCGCAUGUUGACCGGCAUCGGCUGGCAUUCAGCGACGGCGUGUAACAGUACCUGCGAAGCGCGAGGUGCGACACAGAAGCACGUACUCACACGGGUGCGCGUUACUAUUUAGAAUCGCGGAUGAUCGGAAGGUGGGGAAAUGGCGCGCGAUCGAGUGAGAGGUUUAUCAGGUUUAUACGGAGGGAUACAUACAGACAGGUUUACAUAUCGAGCUGCGAGUGCUAUGAUCGUGGUUGUGAAUUAAUUAAAUGCGGGGCUUUUAAAGCCCCGUUAUGGCUUCCAACUCGAGAGCAUAUGGCGCACAGGGGAUAUCCAAUAGUUGGGUCGAGAGUUAAUUAGUGUGAUUCUAAACACGCCAGCUUUAAGAGCGUGAGAAGGGGGGAAGUGGAGCCGAUCGGUUGUACAUUUAUACGGAUUUAAAGUGCUUACAAUCACUGUUAUAAGUGAAUACUGUAAUUACUGUACCGCGCGCGGUCAUGUCGUCUCACACACACACAGAGUGUGAGUUCAUCUUAUGUCAUCUACAGAGUGUAGUCCGUAAUCUAGCACUCGUGUGAUUGCCAUGGGAGAAUACGCUGGCUCGUGUGCCGUCAGUCAUGUAAUAUAUUGUCGCUAAUGCAGGAAUCGAAUAAACCGUUUAUCGUUUGAUGAAAUUUA